CCCCUUCCUUUCUCACCCUCGUAGAUCUAUUUCCACUCUUUCUUUUCUUUUAUCUUUACGUUUGGUGGAUCCAAACACGAGUAUCAUCCACUACCAAAGAUUUAAAUCUUUGAUGUUCAUCCUCAAUUCCCAUGAUGAAAAAUAGAACUUCAAAGAUAGCCAAUAACAAUAGGAAACUUUGCAGUAGGGCCACGUUAAGGAUCAAUUAAUUUAUUUAUCAGCAUAAGCAUCACACACGCACACUAUAUAUACAUCAAUCAGUUGCUAGAGUGGAUCAAAGACAUGGAGCGAAGAUCACAUUCCACUGAAAGAGAAGAGGAAUAUGAUUUGUUCCCAAUAUACUCCGAAAGGUCACAGCAAGACAUGUCAGCCAUGGUCUCUGCGCUCACACAAGUCAUAGGUGGUUCCAACAAUGAUUCUCUUCACCACCAUGAAGACCCUUUUACUUCUUCCAACAACACCUCAUCCCAGAAUAAUAAUGAACAAUCACAAGUGCCACAACAAGAUCAAGGGAGUGGAAGAAGAAGACACUAUAGAGGAGUGAGGCAGCGUCCAUGGGGGAAAUGGGCUGCAGAGAUUCGUGAUCCGAAGAAGGCAGCGAGAGUAUGGCUUGGAACUUUCGAAACUGCAGAAGCUGCGGCUCUUGCUUACGAUGAAGCUGCUCUCAGAUUCAAAGGAAGCAAAGCCAAGCUCAAUUUCCCUGAGAGGGUUCAAGGCACUGCCGAAUUUGGUUACCUCACAAAUCAACACCUUUCAUCAACAACAGCUGCCAGUGGCCAAACUUCAAACCCUGUUACUCCACACUUCGCUCAAGAAACCUAUUCACCAACUCACUAUUACUAUCCUCAACAAAUCAUCGGUCCAGCUGGAAGUAACUUCAAUAACCAAGACACGCUCGGUUUCUAUGGGGGAGAUAUGUUUGUUUCUUCUUCAUCUUCUUCCUCAGGUCUCUCUCAACAGCAAGAACAGUUUCUGAGACUUUCGACGCAGUUUGGAGGUUCUUCUUCUCAGCCUCCUAGGAAUUGGAGGGGUGAUGGAUAUUGACGAGGAUACAACAUUGUUGAUGUUCGUUCCACAACUCAUGGUUUCUUUGUUUUUCCGCUAUCAUGGCUUUGCAUCUUAUCCAUACGAUAUUUUCAUUUUCAUUAUAUUACUAAUUAAUGUUUUCCUUAAGUUAUUUUAAUCUACCAUAUGUAUGCUGUCAUUGGAAUGUUUGUUUAAUUGAAAAAGCUUGAGAAAGGGAAU